AUGCGGAUACAUGCGGCGCAUCGGUCACGGGAUGUCUGUGUAGCAUUUGGUUUCAAGAAGAUUUCUGGUUCGGCCGUCGGCGAAGUCCGCCUCAAAGGUGCCCCGGUGCCGCCCGGGUCCGCCAUGGCGUCGCUGCUACAUAUCUUCAGGUUUAUGUUGGGGCCUCCAGGGGUUCCCUUGUGGAUAGUCAUUUCCUUCGAUAGCAUCUUGCUGAUCUUGCUCAUAAGCACCAUUCUCCUGCUGCUCCCAAAGAAGGUGUGGUCCAAGUCCAAGUUGGUGCGGAGUGCUCGAAACCGGCUGGUCGGCUGGCUACGAAGAAUGGUGGAGCUCUCCAUUCAAGGUCCGUUGGUGUUGGGUAGCGUUUGGCUGGGUAGAAAGCUUGGAAGAGGUAGGCUUUCCUCGGUGGCAAAGGCUCCCCACGCCAUCUCGGCUAAAGCUGACAGCAUGUUUGAUGUAACAAUUAAGUUUUCUCCGACUCUUGGAUGGAACCUAUUUCACCAGGAGAACUAUGUGGUCUCCUUUGCCAGGGAUGGCACUGACAUUUGGGCAGAGCGGUCGUUCAAUAAGGACACGGACUGCGAAGAUUUGAGUGGUAACCUGAAAAAGGGAGACCGUUUCAAGGUGGUGAUUCAAGAACUGCCAGCAUCCACCCGCGUGAAGUUUCGGGUGGGUGCUGUGUCUUAUUGGGGCCGUGGUCCUUGGAGCAAGGAGGUGUGCGUCACGACCAUGGCUACACCCUCCAAGGAUCUUGGCUUUACAGGCCUCCUUGGCCCAGCUUGGGAGAAGACAGGAAGUGGGAAGAAAGAGUACACGUGGCUGCAGACCAGGAACGAGGUGCAUCUAAGGAUAGCCAUCGGCAAAGAUCUCCGAGGCAAAGAUGUCAGGUUCAAAGCUCAACCUCAUCGGCUUCAAGUUGACCUGGCAGUUGGUACAGAAGUUCUAGCACUUCUUCAUGGUACCCUGGCGCACCGCAUCAACUCAGAUGAUGCCACCUGGUACAUCGAUGAGUCCAAGGAUGAUGGCAGGUUCAUCCAAAUCACUAUCUUCAAGCUCGAGGCUUUGGAGAGGUGGACGCGUGUCUUUGAAGGCGAUGAGCAUCCAGAGAUCGACCCGCGAUAUGUGCAGUUCUUUGUGGAUCCGCUGAAUCCAGGAUCUCUUGGUGACCUGAAUGAGUAGCGUUUCGAAUGAGCUCGUGAUGGGCUUGGCUACUUCAACAGUCAGCAUGGCAAGUGGAUUAGUUCUUGUCUUGCUUCCUUUGCUAGUUGCGGG